AUGAAAGUUGACUACGGCGUCCGUGCGUUGGUCGAGUUGGCCAUGCACUACGGCGAUGUCCCGGUGCAGACCGCGACCAUCGCCUACCGGCAGGGUAUUCCAGAGCCGUAUCUGGAACGCCUGAUGUCCACAUUGAACAAGAGUGGAUUCGUCCACAGUCGCCGCGGGCCCCAAGGCGGGCACCUGCUCGCACGCAUCCCCUCUGACAUCAACCUGUAUGACAUCAUGCAGGAGCUGGACGGCAACGCUUCACCACUGGAUUGCCUGACGCUCCCCACCGAUUGCAUGUUUGCCGAUUCAUGCGCCCAGAAAGAAAUCUGGCAAUCUGUUGAGGACUCCAUCCAGCAGGUGCUGGAAGCCACCACGCUGAGCCACCUCGCGGAGCGCCAAAGCGCCCUCAUCGACGCAGCAGACCGGAGGGAAGCAUUGCAGCCCGCCGAACCGCCGGUUCCCGUUUAG